AUGAAGGAAAACAAUGGACGAAGAGCCAGCCUCGCUGCCGCCACCAAUGAUCUCUGCGUCCCUCAUCGUCACGCCGCCUCAAGCCUUGUCAUCAUCAACCGAGCCCAAGCCGUUUCACCCCUCCCCGUCGUGGCCCAGGUCCCGAGCCCCUUCACCCAGCUGCCAGCGCCAUUGCCCGGAUCAGUUGCAUAA